AUGUUUAGCAGGUUGCCCGCGGCGGGCCAGGACAAAUCAUCGGGCAGUGCUCCGGCUCUUUGUCCUAGGACGAGCAUGGGAGACAGCCAAUUAUUGGGCAAUGGCAGCGAUCCCAAAACUUUGUUGGGGAGAACGGCCCAGUGGCUCACCUGCGGGAUUACCGAAAAUAUCUGUGUUCUCAUUGUGAAGCUCUACGGCGACGUUGAAGAGGAUCCGUCCUCCGAUGGCACGAUGAUGGCCUUGAUCAAUCGAGAAGGCGUGCAAUGGAUUCGCUCAUGGGGCGACACGGUCGAAAAGGAUGACCACUGUUGGCGCGUUUUCCUCAGGUCAAUUAGCGAGGGACUUCUGGGUGGCGCCAACAAGGCGGCCAACAAGGGCAAACCCCAAGCCGUCAAAGGACGGGCGGGAUGGUUCUCGUUGCCACAUUUCGAUGAGAAACCACUUUCCGGUUUUGAACCAGGAGAGCCUGCAACGUUUUCUCUGACGCAGCAGGCAGGCCUCUUAGAGGAGGGUGACCCCACCGCAAUUUUUCGAGACGAUGCCACCAUCGCCAUUGAUAGCGACUGCAUCUAUGAGAACUACCAGGACUUGUUUAGCUGA